AUGACGGGGGUCGACUCGGUGCUGACGUUGAAUGGACUUACAGCCAAGCCACUGUACACCACGUCAAGGGCAACAAACUUCGGCAUAAUCACUGGGUGCACAAUCUCAGUGACCCUAUUUGCGCUGGCAAUGAACAUGCUGGUCAAGGCAGCUGAACCAGAAUGUAGAGGUCCCCUCAGCAAGUCUGGAGUAAGGCAACCUCCCAUCAGAGCCUUCAUGGAUGACCUAACGGUGACAACAACAGCUGUACCAGGAGCCAGGUGGAUCCUCCAGGGGUUGGAGCGCAUCAUGGCGUGGGCUCGCAUGAGCUUCAAACCGGCAAAGUCCCGGUCUUUGGUUCUGAAGAAGGGGAAAGUGACAGAUAGAUUCCGCUUCAGCCUGGGACUACAUCAGAUCCCAUCAGUCACUGAGAGGCCAGUGAAGAGCCUCGGAAAGGUCUUCACCUGCAGUCUGAAGGAUGCAGAUUCCAUCAAGGCAACCAGUGCUGACCUGGAGGGCUGGUUAAGGACAGUGGACAAGUCUGGGCUCCCUGGAAGAUUCAAGGCCUGGGUCUACCAGCAUGGGAUCCUCCCAAGAAUCCUCUGGCCUCUCCUCAUCUACGAGGUCCCAAUGACAGUGGUGGAAGGUUUUGAGCAGAAGGUGAGCAGUUAUCUGCGAAGAUGGCUGGGAUUGCCACGCAGCCUAAGCAGCAUUGGGCUAUAUGGGAACACCAACAAGCUCAGGCUCCCCUUCAGUUCAGUCAGAGAAGAGUUCAUUGUGGCACGGGCACGGGAACAUCUGCAGUACUCUGGAUCCAGAGAUGCCAAAGUGUCCGGGGCAGGGAUUAUUGUGAGGACAGGGAGAAAGUGGAGGGCAGUCGAUGCGGUCCAGCAAGCAGAGUCGCGACUGAAGCACAAGGCCAUCCUGGGAACAGUGGCACAAGGCAGAGCCGGACUGGGGAGCCAACCAGCAACCAGAUUCGACCGAGCCAGCGGAAGAGAGAGGCAGAGGUUGGUGCAGGAGGAGGUGCGAGCUUCAGUCGAGGAGGAGCGAACCAGCAGAGCAGUGGCCAUGCGGCAGCAGGGCGCCUGGAUGAAGUGGGAGCAGGCAAUGGAGCGGAGUGUCACCUGGAAGGACAUCUGGCAGUGGAAUCCCCAGAGGAUCAAAUUCUUGGUCCAGGGGGUUUACGAUGUCCUCCCAAGCCCAUCCAACCUGUGCAUAUGGGGCAAAAUAGAAACACAUGCAUGCCCCCUGUGUUCCAAAACAGGGACACUGGAACACAUCCUGAGCAGCUGCUCCAAGGCGCUGGGGGAGGGCCGGUAUCGUUGGAGGCACGACCAGGUCCUCAAAACCAUCGCUGAAGCAAUCAGCAAGGGGAUCAAGGGAAGCCGAUACACCCAAGCCACAGCCAAGGCCAUCCGCUUUGUCAGCGAAGGACAAAGGCCCGGAAAAACACCACAGAACGGCUCUAUGGGUUUGCUCUCCACGGCCCGAGACUGGGUGAUGACAGUAGACCUGCAGAAGCAGCUGAAAAUUCCAUCACACAUCACCCAGUCCAGAUUGAGACCAGACAUCAUCUUGACCUCAGAGGCCACCAAGCAACUCUUAUUGCUGGAGCUGACGGUUCCCUGGGAGGAGAGGAUGGAGGAGGCCCAGGAAAGAAAGAGGGAGAAGUACCAGGAGCUGGUGGAGGAUUGCCGGAGGAACGGGUGGAAGACCAGGUGUAUGCCAGUGGAGGUGGGCUGCCGGGGGUUUGCCAGCCACUCCCUGAGCAAAGCCUACGGCACACUAGGCAUAACGGGUGUCAACCGUAGAAGGGCCAUAGGCAACAAUGUGGAGGCAGCAGAAAAAGCCUCCAGAUGGCUCUGGUUAAAAAGGGGAGAGCAGUGGUUGUAGUGGGUGUAGCAUGCCACUUGGACACAGGCCGAGAUUUGAUCACCUCGGUCGGGUCGCCUGGAGGAGGGUGUCUGUUGCAAGACCCGAAACACCCAGUGAGUCUAGGAUCCAACACUGAUGAUGUG